UUCUAUGACAAUUUAUAACAUUCAUUUAAAAUAAUGUACGCCUUAAUCAGUGUCCCUAAUGAAAAUAAUAAAAGAUAUAUUGCAGAAACUUGCUACAUUAGUGAUUUCAAGAGUUACAAUGCAUUAACAAAGAAUAAAGUAUAUCGUUACCACGACAAUGAGACAAAAUUUAAAUGCAUUAUUCUACGAGUGUCAGAAUCACAAGAUGAAUUGAAGAGAGAUAAUGAUCGCAUUCGGAAUUCGAAGAUUGCAAACCCUUCAUCGUUGGAAACAUCCCCAGAUGACAAUGACGAAGAGGAAACGCAAGUCGCUAAGGCUAAAGCAGCUAGAAAUAAUAAAAAACAAAGUGAAUCACAAUGUAAAAAAAGGAAAGUGGAGGAAGUAAUUAAGAUUUACGAAAACGCUAAGCAAAAUAAGAAGCAGGCAAUUUCUGAAGAACUCGAUUCAGUUAAUGAUAUAGGAACAGAUCAACCGAAUGGUACUCGAUCCGACGAUUUUGAUCGCAUUGAACGUCAAUCAGAUGUGGAAACUGAUGAAGAGGAUAUAAAUAAACGUACAAAUAAACGGAUUCGGAACAGAAUAUCAAGUGAUUCUGAGUCAGAAGGAGAAGGAGAAGGAGAAGUGGCUAUUCGAAAUGAUCAAUAUGUUGAACCAAUUGUCAUUAUAAAUGAUAAUACUGAUAAUAAUACACUUAAUGAAGAUGGAACAACAUUUGAUCAUUUUCCAAGUCAGACAAGAUCACCGCAAACUUCUUCCACCAGUGCUCCACCUGCUUUGAAUGAUAUAACUGCUUCGCAGACAAGAUCACAGCCAACCUCUUCCAUCAAUGCUCCAUCUGUUUUGAAGGAUAUAACUAAUUCAAAUUCAAAUCAAUUAGUUCGACGUUUAAAGGAAGACCUAAAAAAGAAAGAUGAAGAAAUUUUCAACUUAAGACGUGAAGUUCAAAAAUCGAGAUUAGAUGCAGCUACUGCGCGGAAAAAACUCGGUCAAGUAGAGCAGCAACUGCGUCAACAACAACAGCAACAACAACGAAAUCUAUCGCAACAACAACAGCAACUACCUCAACAACAACAACAGCAUCAACGGCAACAGCGUUAUGAUCCGUAUUACAAUUUAGAUCACGAUGUGUUCAAUGUUGGAGACGAUAUUACAAUUCCAAGUAGCGAUUCGCGUGCAGCAUUUGAUGCAAAGACACCCGCUAAAUUCAUCCGAAUAAUGUCUCAUGCUAUAUGGGGUGUGGAAACUCUCUCGCAAAGAGUAGUACGCACACAGAAAAACACGACAGGUCGUAAUCAGUUAACACCUCGAAAAAAAGAACUGCUGCAAACACACUACCGCUAUUAUUUAGAACAACAGAAUUACUCUCAAGAAACAUUCAAUAAAGAAGUAAAAGAAGCGACUGUCAAUAAAUAUCUGGACAAUGCUAUUCAAGUCGCAAAAAAAAAAAAUUAAUCAAUAGUUUUAGAACUUCCAUUUUAAAUGUUGUUUGAAGUGAUACUCUGUUGCAAUAUAAUAUAUGUAUUUAUAGCAUUUAGAGAAUUAGAGUGUUAUUAUUCAAUAAGUCGUUUGAAUUAUUAUUA